CCUUUAUUGUUUUCUUGUUAUCUUUGACCUUUGUCCUUCCUUUCGUGCUUGCUCCAGUUUUAAUUGUUACUCUCAUUUUUUUCCCUAACUAGCGUUUUUCGUUCAAUCUCAAAACACAUGGAUGUGCGAACCACUCGACAUACAUCAACUGAUCUCGAUGAAAUCAAGCGUAAAAUCGAUCAUAUCCUAAAGGAUCCGGCGGAAGCAUUCGCCCAGACCACCAUCGACAUUGAUGCCAUGACACUAUCUGAAGCCAAGGCCUUUGCUGAACAAGCUAAACAUAUAGGAGGAUUGGGGGCUUGCGUUUCCAAAGCAGAUGUAUUGGCCGAGACUUCGGAAGACCUUAUGUAUCUUUCGGGGGAACGCAUUGUGGUACUGAAACAUAUCAAGGAUGAUACUUAUCUGGGAUACUGUGAAGGCGUCAUUGGUCGUUUCAAUGCCGAGACGGUGCAUUUUGUCGAACUUGAUCCACGCGUUUUGAAAUCUUUGGAUGCCGACCUCGAAUUGACCCUGGAUUCACUCUAUCACAAUUCCGAUAAUAAUGAUACUCACCAGAACCAUUCGCAUCAUCCUUCCGCCGCCUCUGAUUCAGAACCACUUCCGCGCCAGUCAUUGCAAUCCGUAUCCUCUACCUCCUUUUCCAACGCGGGUGAUCGACCAUAUCCGGCAAAAGCGAGUCUUGAAAGUUUCGCUACUCAUUCUUCAGGCUCGGCCGCAGAUCGACACCAUCCUCGCCAAGGCCCUUAUCAUCCUCCACCUCCUCCAGUGAUCCAGACGGCGGCUCUCUAUCCUCGGGAACCUUCCGAACACUUUGAUACUUCUGAUUUUAACGACAGUUAUUCCAACGAUUUCGAUCUCGAAGAACCCGCCUCGGCUCAGCCGCAAGGCAUUUUUGUCGCCCAACAGACCCAAUCACCUUCUGUCAUGAGUCCCGGUAAAAGUCCAUUUCCUGUCACGACAACUUUAAAGAAAUCCGUUAGACCCAAGAUACCGUUGAGAAACCGGGUACAGGAUGACAGCAGUGAGGAGGAUCCUAUGCAGGAAGAUGCCGAUCACGAUGGUGACGAUGAAGAUGAUGAGACGGGUAAUGACAGUGGGAUUUCAUCCAGGGGAACAAAAUCAAGCGCUUUGAAUGGAUCGACCGAAACAGCCACGGUGGAUGAAUACGGAUUUAUCAUUGAUCCGAAAAAAUCAUCUACCAAUAUGUCGUUUAGGAGCCAUCGCUCGGAUAUGUCGGCCAAAUCCAUUAAAGCGUAUCGAGAGCGUGAAGUGAAAUGGUUGUCGAUUGUCGGAAAGCUUGAUGCAGGUACCGCCAAGAAAGACGCCAAACUCAAGAAACUGGUCCGCACAGGUAUACCGGCAUCGGUGCGGGCCCGCGUCUGGCAAUUUUUAGCUGGUAGUGCGGAAUACAGAAAAUCAGGCAUGUUCAAGGAACUCGCCCAGCGACCGAAAACCAAAAUAUAUGAAGUCAUUGAACGGGACAUUGCGCGAUGUUAUCCGGACCACACUCAGUUUAAAGAUCCCAACGGUCAAGGACAAACCGAUUUACGAAGUAUUCUUCAGGCGUACUCUCAAUACAACUCCCAACUGGAAUACUGUCAAGGCAUGGGCCGCCUUGCCGGGUGUAUGCUGAUGCAGAUGCCUGUGGAAGACGCAUUUUGGUUACUGGUUUCGACGAUUGACCGAUACAUGAAUGGCUAUUUUACCCCGUCAUUGUCGCAACUUCGUAUCGAUGCUUAUAUUAUUGGUCAAUUGCUGAAAGAUCACCAUCCUAAAUUAGCGCAACAUUUGGAAACAAACGAUGUGCUACCGAUCAUGUAUAUUGCGCAGUGGUUCCUCACUGCUUUUACCAUGACGUUACCUUGGAAUUCCGUGCUUCGAGUAUGGGAUGUAUUUUACUUUGAAGGCGUCAAGGUGUUUUAUCGCAUCAGUCUAGCUAUCCUGGAACUCUGUAAAGAUCAUUUGCUUCAAUCAUGCCCUACCAAUUCGGAAUUACUUGCAUUUUUGCUUCAUAUACCUCAUGAAUAUCUUGGACCUGAUGCGUUGCUGGACACCGCUUUCCGAAUUAAAUUGUCCAAGGUCGAUAUCCAACGCUAUGCGAAAAAGGCAAGUACAAGCAACGACGCUGCGACGAUGGGAUUGCCUUUUGAGCAUGGUAUCAAGAACCUCAAAGUGGGGAACACCACGAAUUUCUCAAGCCCCAGUUUGCCAAGUCUCAAGGGUCUGAGCGGGAAAAUCAAGCGACGGAAUUCCAGCGGCCAUGUGAAGGAUUCCUACAGCAGCUACACUUUACAUGAAUCAUAAAUCAUAAUUCCUCUUCAACCCAUUCAUUUCUCAUAUUGUCUUUUCUUUUAAUAAUCAACAUUCGUAAUAAUCAGUGCCUUUCCCUUAUUUUGUUUCCCACAUCGAUUGUCUUGACGCAAUAAUUGACGAGUUUGGAUGGUGGGACGUGCGUCAGGUUUAGGAGCGGAACUUGAUUUUCUCUCGUCGGCUGAAUUUUCGCCGUACGAUGACGG